AGUCCUAUCACCGACGGUGUGCAUCUGCAUCACGAAAUGCUUCACCACACCACUACUCCUUUGAGUACCUAAUAUCUGUAGGAAUAUCUAUUGGCAAUUUCCUCAGCGAUGCUGGCUGGUUCCGUGAGAGUGAGAAGGUUCUGCUUAGCUGUCUUUCAUUGUGUCGUAAGAUAGAUGACUACAAGCACUGGGUGUCUGCGCUGGAAUGUUGCCUAAGGCAACAUUCCAGCACGUACAGCAGUCGUACUGCAAGUUCACAGAGGCCAUGGAUACCUUGGAGGAGACCAAGCAGUACAUUGUCAAGCUCACCAAUGUGGGCCACUCGCUCAACCUGGCGGGCCUCUACUCCGAGUUCUCAUCACUCUACUCCAGCCGUAGCCAGUACAAAGAGGCAUAUGAAUGGGCUAUGUAGGCUCUAAUGCACCUUAAUUCCAAUGCACACCCUAAGUCAAUUAUUAAUGUCCUCCGACAAGCUUCGAAAGCAUGUGUUGUAAAAAGGGAAUUCAAGCAGGCGGAGCUCCUGAUUAAGCAGGCACUUCACAUGGCCUGGGAGCAUUUUGGUCGGGAACACCCAAAAACAGCAGACACCCUUCUUGACUAUGGCUUCUACCUGCUGAACACAGACUCUGUGAGUCAAUCUGUACGAGUCUAUAGGAAAGUCUUGGAUAUACGGCAAAGUGUCCACGGUGGCAACAACCUCUAUGUUGCCCUUGCACAUGAAGAUCUUGCUUACUCAUUCUAUGUUCUCGAGUACCAACCUGGAAGGUUUCAGAAUGCAAGAGACCAUGCUGAAAAGGCCAUGCAGAUCAUGACCCGUCUGCUUCCUGAAGACCAUUUACUCCUGGCUUCUUCAAAAAGAGUGAAAGCGCUGAUCCUGGAGGAGAUAGCUAUUGACAACACCGACAAGGAGCAAGAGAUGCGGCUGCUGCAGGAAGCAUUGGAUCUACACGUGUCAGCACUGCGCCUCUCAUGCCAGGCCUUUGGGGAGAUAAACAUUCAGACAGCCAAGCACUAUGGAAACCUUGGUCGUCUCUACCAGUCGAUGCGACGCUUCAAGGAGGCGGAAGAGAUGCAUCUGAAGGCGAUUGACAUCAAAGAGAGACUACUUGGACCUGAGGAUUACGAGGUGGCCUUGUCGGUCGGUCACCUAGCUUCACUCUACAACUAUGACAUAAAGCUCUAUGAGCAGGCUGAGCACCUCUACCUCCGUUCUAUUGCCAUUGGAACAAAACUGUUUGGAGAGGCAUAUGGUCUGAAGUACGACUACCGGGGCCUGCUGAGGGUUUCUAUGGAGAUGAACAAGACCAAUCAAGUGCUUCGCUACACACGGGUGCUAGAAGAGUGGCGGCAGCUGCGUCAGCACAGUCUGCGUGAAGGCCACAAUGCUUCCCCAUUCAUCUUUUGUGUCUGCAAGGUGCCCCCCGAGGAUACCUACACAUACAUCACCAGCCUGCGGUAGAGUUGCCCACCAAGGUUCAUAGA